GAACGUUUGUAUCCGCUUUCACCGUCCUGUGCGGAGCCCGGACCGACCUCCCCGACAGGCACAUGUGUUGUGUCUUCUGGCUGAACAUUGCUGCUGCUCUGAUUCAGAUCCUGACGGCAAUCGUGAUGGUUGGCUGGAUUAUGAGUAUAUUCUGGGGGAUGGACAUGGUCAUUCUUGCAAUUUCACAAGGCUACAAGGAACAGGGGAUCCCACAGCAGCUGUAG